UUUCGACCCGUUUAAUGAAGCCGAAGUACACGUCGGUUGUCUAUCCACCUCGGCCAUGGGCAUGCUGUUUAGCGGAUGUUGAGUAAACCAGCCAAUGACGUUUUACCGGACCUUCUAUGGAGUUCCCUACCUAGUCCGGCCUUUCAUUAUAAGCUUACAGGCCUCCUGUCCAUAUUUAACCCACGCCAGGCUGCCCUUACGGACAACUUGCUAACUAUGUAUCUUUUACGCUAGCUUUUCAUUCCCUCUGUCGCCUGUUAUUAGAGUUUAAACGGGACCCGGCCUUGCGUCAGCGUACGAUUCCUUCGACUCCUUGUUGUCUUGUUUUUGUAUUGGAAUUAUGAGCUCCAACACUCUGAAGCAAGCUGCGGAAGCCGCACGAACCAAGUCGUCCACCAUGGGCAAGCAAGGCUCGGAGACUGUUGCCGCCGUGGGUAACGACUUCCUCCACACUCCGGUUAUGCGGGCGGCCCUACCUUUUAUUAACGGAGGUAUGUCUGGGAUGGUUGCCACCACCGUCAUCCAGCCCGUGGACAUGAUUAAAGUCAGGUUGCAGCUUGCGGGCGAGGGUAUUGCUACCGGACCUAAACCUACUCCGUUAUCUGUUACGCGAGAUAUCCUUGCGCAAGGCAAGGUUCUCGACUUAUACACCGGUCUAUCGGCAGGUCUUCUUCGUCAAGCUGUGUACACUACAGCAAGACUAGGCUUCUUCGAUACCUUUAUGAAAGGCCUGGCGACGCGUGCUCAGGAGAAGGGUACUAAGAUUAGCUUCGCUGAGAGGGCAAGCGCGGGUCUCGCGGCGGGUGGGAUAGCAGCGUUCAUCGGAAACCCGGCCGACCUCGCCCUCAUCCGAAUGCAAUCAGAUGGUCUCAAGCCUAUUGCAGAGAGAAAAAACUAUAAAUCUGUUAUUGAUGCGUUGACAUCGAUUGUUAAGUCCGAAGGGGUUACCGCGCUCUGGGCGGGCGCAGCGCCAACGGUAGUCCGGGCUAUGUCACUCAACCUGGGUCAAUUGGCUUUUUUCUCAGAGGCCAAAUCCCAACUCAAAACGAAAACUAACUGGUCAGCCCAGUCGCAAACCUUAACAGCUAGCGCAAUCGCCGGUUUCUUCGCCUCAUUCUUCAGUUUGCCUUUCGACUUCGUAAAGACGAGGUUGCAGAAGCAACAGCGCGGUCCCGAUGGUAAGCUUCCGUACAAGAGCAUGACGGAUUGCUUCGUCAAAGUCGCGAAGCAGGAAGGUCUCACGCGAUUUUACCGUGGAUUUGGCACAUACUACGUCCGCAUCGCCCCCCACGCCAUGGUAACCCUAAUCGUCGUGGACUACCUGGGUUGGCUGACGAGAUGAUUUGGCGGGCCGAACCCGGACCGAUCACCUAUUAUGUUCAUGUUCAUCUGU